AUGCGCUGCGCUAGCUUCGCCGUGGCCCUCCUGGCCCUUUUUACCGGUCUCUACAGCUACCUGAACGCGCGGCUGGAGCAGUUCUACAUCUUCGAUCCUUCCCACUUGCACGACCUGUCGCAGCGCGCCAUUGCGGCCCACGGUAAUGACACUCGCUCGGUCGUGAACUUCAUCGUCUCCGAGCUGGGCGAGAAGGUCACCGACACGCACCUGAACCUGGACGAGGAAUGGGUGUUCAACAACGCCGGUGGUGCGAUGGGGGCAAUGUAUAUUAUUCAUGCUAGUAUCACGGAGUACUUGAUCAUUUUCGGCACCGCUAUUGGUACUGAGGGCCACACUGGCCGUCACACGGCCGAUGACUACUUCAACAUCCUUCAGGGCACCCAGCUCGCCUACGUUCCUGGAUCCUACGAGCCCGAGGUUUACCCCCAGGGUAGCGUGCACCACCUCCGCCGCGGUGAGGUCAAGCAGUACAAGAUGGAUGAGUCCUGCUUUGCUCUGGAGUACGCCCGUGGCUGGAUCCCCCCGAUGCUCUUCUUCGGAUACGCCGAUACCUUCUCCAGCACUCUCGACUUCCCGACCCUGUGGGCGACCUCGAGAAUCACUGGUCGCGAGAUGAUCUCCAACCUGCUCAAGGGCAAGAUGUAAACGAUAGAUGGCGAGAUGAUGGGUAUAUGUAUAAUACUAUUACUAUUCUCACUACAUUAGAUAGACGACGACGUUGUCCGAUAGAAUACACUACCAUUUAAUAACGCU